AUUGAAAGUGUAGGGGCAAGAUUCAGUGGGUAUCUGGUGUGUUGCCAUGCUACUCUCUGGUUCUAAAAGUUCAAGAGAAGCCACUGUUGAGGACAUUAGAUUUGCAGAAAAGGAAGUAGAAGAAGCUAUAUCCUCUGUUAUUGCUAUCCCCAAAAGAUCUUUCUGGAUUGUAGGACAAAGGUGAUGUUGGCUUUAGAUACUUUUGGCACAUUCUUGUUGCUGGUCUGACAUCUGCGAACUCUUACCCAUCAGUGUUGUGGGAGAAGAGCUACUAUAGCAACCAGAAUUUCAAAGACCACUCCAUUCUAUUGGUGUUUCUUGGGCACAAAUGUACAGUAACUGAAUCAUUGUGGGUCUUCCUCUUUGGGGAUCCCUGCAAAGGCUUCAACCAUAGCCCAGAUAUACAUGUAACAUUUACUCAGGCUCAGUGCCGUCUGGUCACUAACCAAAAGAAAAAAGGAUGAGGAAACUUGGUGUGACCUACAGCAAACAAAAUCAAUAUAUCUACUUCAGUCCAUCCAAGGAUUAUAUUUUUUUUGUUGGCAGUGUUUGAAAACAAACCAACGGUCAACAUGAAUUCUAUAUUGCAGUAUGAUCCCGGUAGCCGAAUUCAAGCAGUUCACAGACCAGCAGCCUGCCUUCAAGGUACUCAAGCCAUGGUGGGAUGUGUUGUCAGAGUACCUCACCAUUGCAAUGCUGAUGAUAGGAGUUUUCGGCUGUACUCUGCAGGUCAUACAGGACAGGAUUAUUUGCCUUCCCAAUCACAUUGCGAAUGGUACAGCCUUCAGUGAUGUAACCUGCGAAGAUUUCACCAAAAGACGAGUCAGUGCUUCAGAGCCAAUUCAUUCUUCUGCCUACCAGGAAAUGAGUGGCCGACAGAACAACCUAGACAUCCAGCAGUACAAUUACAUCAAUCAGAUGUGCUACGAGACAGCUCUUCAUUGGUAUGCCAAAUACUUUCCCUACCUGGUUGUCAUCCACACCCUCAUCUUCAUGGUGUGUGCCUCCUUUUGGUUUAAAUUUCCUGGGACCAGUUCCAAGAUUGAACAUUUUAUCUCAAUCCUGAGCAAGUGCUUUGAUUCACCCUGGACUACCCGAGCCAUCUCAGAAGUAUCUGAAGAGGAAAAUGUAAGCUCAGAGAAAAUGGACCGGAGACGGAAAAGUAGUGCUCCUGGUAAUGAGACAAUGGAACUCUCUCCCUUAAGGGGAUCGGUUGCAGAGAAGAAGGUUACAGGUUCCCCCUCCUCCUUGAGCCUGUUGGACAAAAAGGAAGGUGAGCAGGCAAAGGCUCUCUUUGAAAAAGUGAAGAAGUUUCGGCUCCAUGUCGAAAAAGGAGACAUUCUCUAUACCAUGUACAUCCGUCAAACUAUCCUCAAAGUCUGCAAGUUUCUCAUAAUUACUACCUAUAAUGCCAUCCUGAUUCCCAACAUUAGCUUCAUAGUGCCAUGCAGUAUCAAGAUGGAGGACAUGACAGGCUACGAUCACUUUUGCUGCAAUCACACUAAAGCCCACCUGUUCUCCAAGCUGGCCAUUUGCUACAUCUGCUUCCUUGGCAUCUAUGGCAUGACCUGUCUCUAUACACUCUACUGGCUCUUUCACAGACCCCUCAAAGAGUACUCCUUUGACUUUGCCCGUGAGGAGACAGGCAUCUGGGACAUCCCUGAUGUCAAGAAUGACUUUGCUUUUAUGCUCCACCUCAUAGACCAGUAUGACUCUCUCUAUUCCAAGCGCUUUGCUGUCUUCCUCUCUGAGGUCAGUGAGUUCAAGCUCAAGCAGCUCAAUCUCAGUUAUGAGUGGACGGUGGAAAAGCUGCGACAGAAGCUGCAAAAAAAUGUUCAUGACCGGCUGGAACUCCAUCUCUUCAUGCUGUCUGGAUUGCCUGACACCACCUUUGAGCUGACUGAGUUGCAGGCCCUGAAACUGGAGCUCCUCAAGGAUGUUACUUUCCCAAACUCAGUGACUCAGUUGGUCAACCUCCAAGAGCUAGCACUGAUCAACACCCCUGUUAAGCUGAAUUUUACAUCUCUUAUGUUCUUCCGUGAACACCUGAAGGUGAUGCUUGUGAAGUUUGAUGAUAUAAAAGACAUACCACUAUGGACCUACAACUUGAGAGGCUUGGAAGAGUUGUACAUUGUGGGGCAGUUCAACCAGGAGACAAACCGAGCAGGAAGUCUGGAAUGCAUGCGUGAGCUGAGGAACCUGAAGGUGCUGACGCUGCAUAGCAACAUGUCCAAACUGCCAGCCAGCGUGGCUGAUCUUGCCACUCAUUUACAGAGGCUCCGGAUCCAUAAUGAUGGGAUUAAGCUGAUGAGUCUCAACACCCUGAAGAAGCUCUUCUGUGUGCAAGAACUGAAGCUGAUAAAUUGCAACUUGGACCGUAUUCCCCAUGCUGUCUUCAGCCUUGUGAGUUUGCAGGAGUUAGACCUGAGAGAUAACCAGCUGUAUUCCAUUGAAGAGAUCAUCAGCUUCCAGCAUUGCCGCAAGCUAGUGUGCCUCAGACUUUGGCACAACCACAUUACCAACAUCCCCGACCAUAUCCGCAAGAUUAAGACCUUAGAGGAGCUUGACCUCAGCCAUAAUCGCAUUGAGACCCUCCCUACCCAAUUAUUCCUAUGCACUAAGCUGAAUUAUUUGGAUCUUUCUCACAACAACAUCCAGGUUAUUCCUCCUGGGUUGGGGGUUCUCCAAAACCUCAGUUACUUUGCUGUUUCUCACAACUCCAUAGAGGAGUUGCCUACUGAAAUCUUCUUCUGCAAGAGACUCAAGGUCCUCAAAGUGGGACACAACAAACUGCACCAUCUCUCUGACCGUGUAGGCUGGCUGUCUUUGCUCACUAAGCUAGAGCUGCAAGGGAACCAACUUGAUGCCCUGCCCUCAGAGAUUGGCAAGUGCCCAGCCCUGAAGCGCAGUGGCCUCAUGGUGGAAAGCAAUCUGUAUGAGGCAUUGCCUUUAGAAGUCAGGGAGAGAAUGGAGGAUGAUUGAUGAGGAGAUUCAGAGCAGGGCUAAGGGACCUUCUCAAGUGUUGAUCACCCAGAUACAGUGCAUAGAGGGAUCUGGCUGUGUCUGACUGACUAAAUCUUAUAAAACGUCCCACCUUUUUUCUUCAUGCCACUGGGUGGCCCUAGUACAAUGAUCUAUCUCAGGCUGGAACCAAGGCAGGGAUGGAAAACUUUCAUACUAGGAAGGAAUGGAGACUGCUAGGAAUUGAAAACCUGAUAUUCAGGUGGAGCAAAGUCUCAACGAAGUAAACAAAACAAUACAAAAAAAGCAGCAAGUGGCACUGUUAGUAAUAACAACUAGUUUUCAGAACUGACGAGUUGCAAGAAUGUUCGUUUAUGAGAAAGAAUUGCCUGCACCAGAGAAGUCCAUUAUUAUAGUUAUUUUUAUAUAUGCA